AACGAUUGAAUUAUUUAUCAAAGUAUUUCCCAAUCGAUGUUCAUUUUUGUCUUCAGGGUUCUUCUUUUUUUCUCUAUUCAAACAAGUUCGUUAGAUAAUCAGUGUUACCAGAAUUACCGUGUUCCCCUCUUAAGUUUGUGAGAGAAAAUGUGAAUCAGAUUUUGAUGAUUUUUUGCUCGAGCGGUCGGGACGGGGCUUUUGAAAAUCGAAAAGGAGCGAACUUUCCGUUAAAUGGUCGGUGGACAAAUUUGAGGCGAUGGAUGCGCUGAACCGAGUGGUGCUCAACGUCGGGGGAAUCCGACACGAAACUUAUAAAACAACGUUAAAGAAAAUCCCGGCGACUCGGUUGUCCAGGUUAACCGAAGCUCUGGCGAACUACGACCCCCUACUUAACGAAUAUUUUUUCGACCGUCACCCAGGCGUCUUCGCUCAAGUUCUCAAUUAUUAUCGAACUGGAAAACUUCACUACCCCACCGACGUCUGCGGACCGCUUUUUGAGGAGGAACUUGAAUUUUGGGGCCUCGAUUCGAACCAGGUGGAACCCUGCUGCUGGAGCACCUACAGCAUCCACAGGGACACGCAAGCCACGCUGGCCAUUCUCGACAAACUGGACAUCGACGCGGAUCGUUUGAACGACGAAGAAGUGGCGCGUUUAUUUGGCUACGAAGAAGCUUACUACUCGGGAAAUUUAACCAAGUGGCAAUGUCUACGACCACGUAUCUGGGCAAUCUUCGACGAACCCUAUUCCUCCCCGUUAGCCAAAGGCAUCGCUUGCGUCUCCGUUCUGUUCAUCUGCCUCUCCGUCAUCUCCUUCUGCUUGAAAACCCACGAAAACAUGAGAGUAUCGCGUGUCCCCGCGGAAACGGACGACGGCGAGGGUACGACGAAACCACACUGGGCUUUUCUCUACGUCGAGUUGGCUUGCAACGGAUGGUUCACGGUCGAGAUGAUGCUGCGUUGUCUGGUGAGUCCGAGUCUCAGACAUUUCGCGAUGUCGCCGGUGAACCUCAUCGACCUGGCAGCUACUCUGAGUUUUUACACGGAAUUCGUAGUGCACCAUGUCGCCUUUUUGGAAGCACUCUCCAUCGUGCGAGUUCUCCGUCUGUUUAAACUCACUCGACACUCGCCCGGUCUUCGCAUCCUCAUUCACACCUUCAAGGCAUCCGCGAAAGAACUCGGCCUCCUGGUAUUCUUCCUUUUAUUAGGUAUCGUACUGUUCGCCAGUCUCGUGUACUACGCCGAACGUCUUCAGAACAAUCCUGGCAACAACUUCGAGAGCAUCCCCGAAGGACUGUGGUGGGCUUUGGUAACGAUGACCACGGUCGGUUACGGGGACAUGGCGCCAAAAACGUUUCCGGGUAAAUUUGUCGGCGCACUUUGCGCGUUGGCGGGAGUGUUGACGAUCGCGUUGCCCGUGCCGGUUAUCGUCAGUAAUUUUUCGAUGUUCUAUUCCCACACGCAGGCCAGGAGCAAAUUACCCAAGCAACGACGCAGGGUGCUUCCCGCGGAGGUGCCGCACAGAAACAGACACCAUAAGCCCCAACUAAAUACUACACAUCUCCAGAAUCAACGUUUAGUCAGUACGUUGCCGAGGUUUACGGCACCCCUGACGCCUCGUCCUGCCACAAUAGGAACCGACACCGUCGCCCAGAUAAAGAUUUUCGUCACUCAGCCGGAGAUUCCUCGCCGUCCGAGAGCGAAUUCCAUGCCCACAUCCGAGGAGAAGAAGCGCGAGGCGAGGCAGAUUACGAAUAAUAAUUGCGGAAGCACUCCUCCUGCCCCAGCAGACUCGGCUGAAGUAGUUUUGGAAACGAUAAAAAAUCAAAUUCCGAUCGAGGGACGUGACGGCGAACCCCAAAAAUCCCACCCCUUAACGUCCCUCGCGUUUUCGGAUGCUUGCAAUCCUACGUUAUGAAUAUAAUCGACGAGAUUAUCAGGGCAAUUUUAAUUCAACCUACUGAUUAUAUGCAAAUAGAUGAUAUUACGUAUCUUAUGAAUAUUCAAAGAGUCGUGGUGCCCGCAGGUGGCGGUGAUACGAUGCGUAAUUACAUUUGUGCGUAUAAAGAGGAGGUAUCAGGGAGCCGGUAGUCGAUACUAAUUGUUGUUAAAUACUCCGUCGUUAUAUUCGCUUGAGACAAUUAAUCUAGGCGGAAGCCUUCGUUAUCGGGGAGCUGACUGUUCCCAAAAGCAAUUUCGAAGAUCGUUCAAAUUUUCGUGGACGUUUCACGGCCCGCCAGAAGCCGAUAUAAAUUGUUGUUUUAUCGUUCUGCGUAAACCUACGGUGCACGCGCCCGAACAAUCCUUGUAACCCUAAUUCAUCGCCAUCGACUUUAUAACGAAUCAAAUGCUCGAUCGUCGUAUAGAAACUUCGCAACAAAGGCUAAUUACGAAUGAUUUACGCGACUCGUCUAUAGAUAUAUAUACAUUAUACGAUCAUAUUCUACGCGGCAAUUUGACCUUACACCCGAAAUCGUUCUCCUGUAUUUACGUCUUUUGUUACUUUAUCAACGUCUCAGAAAUUAAUCGCGCGCGCCCGAGAUUCUAUCUAUAAACAUCCGUUUCGUAGCGCGGCAAAUUAGUUUGCUUCGAUAUUAUCAUGCGUACAAACGUAUGGGGCUCCAAUAGAUCAAUAAAUUUCGAAAUUCUGAACAUUUUCCUCGGCUUCAAAGCAUUUUUUUCACCCGCACACCGCACGGGGUACCUUUCCGGACCGAUGAUCGAGUUUUUUCUGUUUUUUUUUUUAGCUUCUUUAACAUCAAUACGUGAACAACAGUCUCGCGAUCAGGUCAUUGCGCCGGGAAUAAAAUUACAUUAACUUUGUUGAAAAAAAAAGAAAAAAGAGCGGAAGCAACAAAAAAAAACAAAAAAAGAAAAAGGUGCUCAUUUCCCUGCAUGCGCGUACGUAUAUAUAUCUGGCUACAUGUCAGCAUCAGCCGUUCAAUGGCGAUAUAUCGUGCGGAAUGAUUAAUUGCUUUAUAACUCGUUAAUAUUCGAUCGCUUUUACGACUACCUCGUACACGUUGCGGAGUGAUCAACACGGUACACGCGCUGGUUGGUGUUAUACGUGUCAUAGAGAAUCUAGGUGUUUGUUGUGCGAUCGAAAUGAACUAUGAUUAAACGGAGAUUAAAACAGUGCAGCCUCUCGAUGAUUUGAAAAACAAAAAAAAAACAAAAAUAAA